CUCUCUCUCUCUCUCUCUCUCUCCAUAUUCUGCUUUCCACUCAAAGCUUUUUUCCUUUCGAUCGACAUCAUCCACUAAUCAUCAACUUGAUUACUUCUCAAACGCAUCGGAUUUAUCUCAGUGGGUAGAGGAAUCAGUCUCAGUUAAAGUCGAAGAACGAUGGGUGCUUGCGUUUCAAAUCAUCAAAAAGGUUCUCCAAUGAAACCACAAAAAUCGUUUGAUUCUACUAAAAAACCAGAUCAUAAGGUAGUGAUUCAUCCUUCAUUCGGAAGCGAGAAAUUUCCAACCAUGAAUGGUCAUGUUGCUGUUAAACCUCAGUUGCCUCAUUCUCAAUCACCCGCUACUAUUUCCGAUUUCGGUAGUAAAGAGGAAACGUUCUUUGAUUCCCAAGCAUGGAUGGAUUCCGACUAUGAAGAUGAAUUCAUGAGCGUUAAUGGUGACUUUACCCCGUCAAGAGGCAACACACAAGUGCACCAUAUCUCGUCCAUCGAAACCAAACACGGUCUAGUCAGCACAGGAACUGAAACUGGGCCCAUUUUAGUGAACCAUAAAGAACCGGUUGGUCUCACACGCGAAAAAUCUCCAACUCCAUCAGACAAAAAAAUGAGACUUUUGGACCUUUUCAAAGACAGUGUAAGAGAAGAUGAUGACCAUGAACAUGGCGAUGAUAAUAACAAGGAAAUUGUGGAACAACAAAAAAGAGAUGGUUUAAAAUCAAAGAGUGAGAGGCAUUUAAUUGGUUUGGGUUCUUGCUUUUCGAAUUUGCUCUAUGUUCGUGGGUCCGAAAGGCAAAAGAAAAAGAGUUUAACUUCGAGUGUGAUUGUUGGCUGAUAAAUUCGCCAUUUGUGUUUUGAUUAUGUGCGAUGGAUUUUGAUUAAACAUGCAUCGUCUCUAUGUAAAGCGGAAGUUAAUUCUAUAUGGUUGAUAUAUACGAAU